CACAAUAUUAACCAGCAGUACACACACACACCCCUAUACCUACCUUUGGGGUCAGUGGUACAGAAGCAACAGUGCAGCAGUAAAGGAAAGAAUCUUCAUCAACACACCUGUUCUCUGGUCACCUCUGCAGCUCGGAGCAGACAAAAUGACACAGGAUUAUUCUGGGUUCCCCUUAGUUAGGAAUGUGUUUAACAAUGGCACGGUGGCCCUUAACAACCCGGCGGAUAUCUCCGUCAUUGUGAUCUACUUUUUGGUUGUCUUGGCAGUCGGAGUAUGGGCUAUGCUGAGCACAAACCGAGCCACAGUAGGUGGAUUCUUCCUGGCAGGAAGAAGCAUGGUGUGGUGGCCUAUUGGGGCAUCUCUCUUUGCCAGCAACAUCGGCAGUGGGCAUUUUGUCGGCAUUGCAGGGACUGCGGCUGCAGCUGGAAUUGCUAUUGGCGGAUUUGAAUGGAAUGCCCUUGUGGUGGUGAUCAUUCUUGGAUGGCUCUUUGUACCCAUUUACAUCAAAGCUGGGGUGGUGACCAUGCCAGAGUACUUGAAGAAGAGGUUCGGAGGGCAGCGCAUCCGCAUCUAUCUCUCAGUGCUCUCACUCUUCCUCUAUGUCUUCACUAAGAUCUCAGCGGAUAUGUUCUCUGGAGCCAUCUUUAUUAAUCAGGCUCUGGGGCUGAAUAUCUACCUAGCUGUGGUUCUCCUACUAAGUAUCACUGCUCUAUACACAGUCACAGGUGGACUGGCUGCAGUCAUCUACACAGACACUUUGCAGACCAUCAUCAUGGUUGUGGGAUCUUUCAUCCUCAUGGGUUAUGCCUUCAAUAAGGUGGGAGGUUAUGAGAACUUCCAGGAGCACUACAUGAUGGCCAUGCCUACUCUGACAGGGGUCAACAUCAGUAAGAGAUGCUACACCCCUAGGCCUGACUCCUUCCACAUCUUCAGGGACGCGGUGACAGGGGACCUGCCCUGGCCAGGCCUGGUGUUUGGUCUCACUAUCCAGGCCACCUGGUAUUGGUGCACUGAUCAGGUGAUUGUCCAGCGCUGUCUAUCUGCCAAAAGUCUGUCUCAUGUCAAGGCUGGCUGCAUCCUGUGUGGCUACCUGAAGCUGUUGCCCAUGUUCGUCAUGGUCUUCCCUGGCAUGAUCAGCCGAAUCCUCUACCCAGACGAGGUGGCGUGUGUGGACCCAGAUGAGUGCCAGACGUACUGUGGUGCCAGCGUGGGCUGCACCAACAUCGCCUAUCCCAAACUGGUGGUAGACCUCAUGCCAAAUGGUCUGCGAGGCCUGAUGCUGUCGGUGAUGAUGGCGUCUCUGAUGAGCUCCCUGACCUCCAUCUUCAACAGCGCCAGCACCCUGUUCACCAUGGACAUCUACACCAAGAUACGCAGCUCCGCCUCCGAGAAGGAACUCAUGAUCGCUGGGAGGGUAUUUAUCCUGGUUCUGAUUGGGGUGAGUAUAGCGUGGAUCCCUGUGGUCCAGUCUGCUCAGAGCGGCCAGCUCUUUGACUACAUCCAGUCCAUCACCAGCUACCUGACCCCGCCCAUCGCAGCCACCUUCAUGCUCGCCAUCUUCUGUAAGCGCGUCAACGAGCCGGGUGUGUUCUAUGGGCUUAUGAUAGGCCUGGCCAUUGGCCUAUCCAGGAUGAUCGCUGAGUUUGCCUAUGGGACGGGCAGCUGUGUGGCCCCUACUAACUGUCCUGAGAUCAUCUGUGGGGUCCACUACCUCUACUUCUCCAUCAUUCUGUUCUGCAUUUCGUGCUUGGUGAUACUCACCAUCUCCCUCAUGACCAAACCCAUUGAAGACAAACAUUUGUACCGGUUGUGCUGGAAGCUGAGGAACCACACAGAGGAGAGGUUGGAUCUGGAGAUAGAUGAUUGGACAGAAAACCAAGAAUCAGACUAUAUGGAUAUUGAAGAGCCCACAGAGGAGCCAGGCUGUUGUAAGAAGGCAGUGUUGAGCUUCUGUGGUUUGGAAAAGUCGAAUGCUCCCAACCUGAGUGCUGAGGAGCAGGCUGAGCUGCAGAGGAAACUCACAGACACAUCAGAGAAACCCCUGUGGAGGAAUGUGGUCAAUGCCAAUGGCAUUAUCCUCCUAUGUGUCUGUGUCUUCUUCCACGGUUUCUACGGUUAAACAUCUCAUCCUGGACCUCCGCUGCCCUAGAGUCUGGACUGUCUAUCCAUAAACUUGAGUAGUCUCGUCUUUCAACCCUGAAAUCCCCCCCAGACUCACAGGCCCACGAUGCACUGUACAUGGCAACCUCUCUUACCCUCCCUCUAUCCAUCAUCUGGGGUCCUGAACUGUUUUAUUCACACCCCCAUAAUGUGGUCAAUGCUACGACUGCCUUGGCUUCAAGAUACCCUGCUCCAUACCUGUAUGACUGUCCUAGACACUAUCUGGGAGUCACAAUGCUCCUUUGUUUGGUGUUCUUUGCUUUGUGGACUUUUACAUUUUGUGUAUGUACAAUGAAUGUGAUGAUGCUGAUGAAGGAUCUGAAUAGGACUCAGUGUCCAAUGGUAUCCAAUGUUCACUUUGAAGUUUCUGCCCUUCAUGAAGUUACUAUAGUUUGGUAUAUUGCAACCACUAGGUGGGGCUGCAGUAUGAAUACAUUUAAGAUUGAAAAGUAUCAUUACCAGGGUAACACUGUACAGCCAGUGGAUUUAAUGGCAUUGAGACAAAAUCAAAACAAAUGUAUUCAUAUAGCCCUUCUUACAUCAGCGGAUAUCUUAAAGUGCUGUACAGAAACCCAGCCUAAAACCCCAAACAGUAAGCAAUGCAGGUGUAGAAGCACCUACAUUUUCAUUACAAAAUGUAAUGUAAUGAGAGGACAAAUACCAUAUACAUGAGCAUGCAUGACAUGUACUAACUUUCUGUUAUCUAAUUAAUAAUGUAUUCCAUCUUAGUAAGAAAAAAGUUGAACACUAACAUAUUUUUCAGAGAGGGAGGGACGCACAAACUCACACAUUCAGUCUCCUACUGUGAAUCCAGCCUGGUUUUUGUGACGUUCUAUCAAAAACAACAUUUUUUGCCAUAUUUAAUAUUUUUUCUAGCUGUCAUUUUGUUUUGCUACUUGCUAAUAAAUGACAUCUCAAGGA